GGAGGAGGCGGCGGCGGUAGCUCGUGUCGGCUCCGGGCGGCCCCCGCGCCGCAGCCCGCGCCGUGUCCGCGGCGGAGCCGCCCAGACGGAAAGGCGGGGAUUUUGUCUCUUUUGUUCAAAGCCGUGGCCCUCGAGAGCGAGAAUAGCACCUCGUAGCCCGCAGGUGCCCAUGAAGCGCUCGUGGAGUGAGUGACAGAGUGCGGGCAGGGCCCCGCCGAGCGAGGACUCGAGGCUCCUACCCCAGCCAGCACCCAGGGCAGACUCUUCUGGAAGGAUCCUUCUCUACAAAGCAUCUGCCCCUCCCCCUGCGGUGCCCACGAGGAUGCUGGCGCGGCCCUAGGCCCACGCUCCGCACCAUGACCUGCUGGCUGUGCGUCCUGGGCCUGCAGCUCCUGCUCCUGCCCGCGGCGCCCCCGCCGGCCGCCGGCUGCCCGGCCCGCUGCGAGUGCUCGGCGCAGACGCGCGCGGUGGCCUGUCCCCGGCGCCGGCUCACCGCCGUGCCCGACGGCAUCCCGGCCGAGACGCGCCUGCUGGAGCUCAGCCGCAACCGCAUCCGCUGCCUGAACCCGGGCGACCUGGCCGCGCUGCCGCUGCUGGAGGAGCUGGACCUGAGCGAGAACGUGAUCGCGCACGUGGAGCCGGGCGCCUUCGCCAACCUGCCGCGCCUGCGCGUCCUGCGCCUGCGCGGGAACCUGCUCAAGCUCAUCCCGCCCGGGGUCUUCACGCGCCUGGACAACCUCACGCUGCUGGACCUGAGCGAGAACAAGCUGGUCAUCCUCCUGGACUACACCUUCCAGGACCUGCGCAGCCUCCGCCGGCUGGAGGUGGGCGACAACCACCUGGUGUUCAUCUCGCGCCGCGCCUUCGCGGGGCUGCUGGCGCUCGAGGAGCUGACCCUGGAGCGCUGCAACCUCACGGCGCUGUCCGGAGAGUCGCUGGGCCACCUGCGGGGGCUGGGCGCCCUGCGGCUGCGGCACCUGGCCAUCGCCGCCCUGGAGGACCAGAACUUCCGGAGGCUCCCGGGCCUGCUGCACCUGGAGAUCGACAACUGGCCGCUGCUGGAGGAGGUGGGCGCCGGCAGCCUGCAGGGGCUCAACCUGACCUCGCUGUCCGUCACGCACACCAACAUCACCGCCGUGCCGGCCGCCGCGCUCCGCCACCAGGCCCACCUCACCUGCCUCAACCUGUCGCACAACCCCAUCAGCACGGUGCCGCGCGGCUCCUUCCGCGACCUGGUCCGCCUGCGCGAGCUGCACCUGGCCGGCGCCCUGCUGGCCGUCGUGGAGCCGCAGGCCUUCCUGGGGCUGCGGCAGAUCCGCCUGCUCAACCUCUCCAACAACCUGCUGUCCACGCUGGAGGAGAACACCUUCCACUCGGUCAACACGCUCGAGACGCUGCGCGUGGACGGGAACCCGCUGGCCUGCGACUGUCGCCUGCUCUGGAUCGUGCAGCGCCGGAAGACCCUCAACUUCGACGGGCGGCUGCCGGCCUGCGCCACCCCGGCCGAGGUCCGCGGCGACGCGCUGCGCAGCCUGCCCGACUCGGCGCUCUUCGAGUACUUCGUGUGCCGCAAGCCCAAGAUCCGCGAGCGGCGGCUGCAGCGCGUCACGGCGGCGGCGGGCGACGACGUGCGCUUCCAGUGCCGCGCCGAGGGCGAGCCGGCGCCCACCGUGGCCUGGGUGACGCCGCGCCACCGCGCCGUGACGGCCGACAGCGCGGGCCGCGCGCGCCUGCUGCCCGGGGGCACGCUGGAGAUCCGGGGCGCGCGCCCGCAGGACAGCGGCACCUACACGUGCGUGGCCAGCAACGCGGGCGGCAACGACACCUACUUCGCCACGCUGAGCGUGCAGCCCGAGCCGGCCGCCAACCGGACCCCGGGCGAGGGCCGCAACGAGACGCAGGCGGCCGCGCGCUUCCCGCUGGACCUCACCACCAUCCUCGUGUCCACCGCCAUGGGCUGCAUCACCUUCCUGGGCGUCGUGCUCUUCUGCUUCCUGCUGCUCUUCGUGUGGAGCCGCGGCCGCGGGCAGCACAAGAACCACUUCUCCGUGGAGUACUCCUUCCGCAAGGUGGAUGGACCGGCGGCCGCGGCGGGCCAGGGCGGCUCCCGCAAGUUCACCAUGAAGAUGAUCUGACGCCCCGCGCGCGCCGGCCCGGCCCACGAGCACCUAUGCAUCUCCCGGAGGCCGCCCGCCGCCGGCGCCCCGCGCGACUGACCCCCUUUUUUGUAGGGACCCGACCACAGGACUGUCUUUUCAUCAGGACUCAUCUUUUGCAGUUUCUCGAGCAUUUUCUAAAGGUCCCCCCCGUCUUCUGUCCCUCCUGAGCUGGGUGGGAGCUCGGAGACCCCUACAGCCCUCUCUGCGGAUGGUUCACACCCCCCUACCCCUGGCUGGGGGCCCCCUGACACGGCUGGCACCCCGAGGGAGGAUGGCCUACAUCCGGGACGUGGGGGGCCGCCCAUCCCCUGGGGAUGGCAUGCCCGGAUGCUCCACUCCGCACACGGAGCACACAGGUGUUCACACCCAGGACACGCUCUUGGACACACAGCUCCGAAACAGAACCCAGCCGACCCUCAACAGGCGCCCCAGGCUGCUGAGCUCACCUCGAGCACACAGGGCUCUUGUGAGAGCACAACUCACACCCGGGACAUACCCUGUUCACUCUCAGGACACACCCAGCUCACACUCGGGACACACGCAUACCACACCUGAGACACCCAGCUCACGCACCGGACAACCCCAGCUUACACUGGGAAUGCACUCGGCUCACACCCGGGACACGGCUCACAGCCAGGCCACACUUGGCUCACACGCGACAUCCAGUUCACACUCAAGACACACCCAGCUUAGAACCAGCUGACGCUGAACGCACGC